ACCCAUUUAAGAUAACUUAGUUUUAGGUACUUUUAAGAGUACGUUUAUAUACAAGAUUCUAACGUGGAGACCCGGCUAUUACAACACUACAAUGAACAUGAACACACAGAACAGUCAAUGACUUCUGGUCACUAUCAAAGGGCACGAGCAGCAAGAAGGAGUCUACGCACACAAGUGAGCCCGAGUCGUACACACAGGAGAAAGUACAAGUCGUACCUAAACAAGCACACACGAUGCCAGUAUUAUUUCACAACAGAAUUUGUAUCAGUAGCAAAAGACGUGUUUGCGAGUACCACCAACAUGUCAUUGAGACAUUCCGUAUCGCUAGUACAGAAGCUACUAAAGCAGACUGACGCAACGGAAGUGUCGCGAACAACACUCAAUAAUAUGCGCAGAUCCAAACAACUCUGGAAAGACUUCACCGACGUUAAAAGGCUAAUAUUAAUCAUCGACAACUUGCGCAGAACUUCAAUAGACUAUCGCGGAGAA